UCUUGUGGUGGUCAUCUGGAAGUGUCACUCUGGCCCUGCCCUCCUUUACGUCACCAGGAAGUCCACUGAAACCUAGGAGACAUCAUGGCGAAGUACACAGACCCACACUGCGAUGGAGGUGCCGAGGAGAUGCCCGAGCUCUCUGAUGGUGAUGAUGAUGAUGACAUUGAUGAUGAUGAUGAAGAGCAUUGGCAGUGGCUGGAGGAGGACAGUCAGCCAGUUAACGUUACCUGUCUGUUCUGUGACAGGUUGCUGAGCUCUGUGCCUGCCACCCUACAGCACUGCACGGCUGAGCACCAGGUCAGCCUUGUAGAUGUGAUAAGAAAAUACAAUUUGGAUGACUACGGUUACAUAAAGAUGAUCAACUUCAUACGGUCAACGAAAUGUGAUGCAUCCUGUUUGACGGGACUGCCAGAUGCUCCCUUACCCUGGGAGAGCGAAGACUUCCUGCGACCAGUCCUGCAGGACGACCCCCUGCUGCAGACAGACCCUGAGGAGCUCUGUGGCAGUGAGCGGUUGAGUCAGUUGACGUGUCCGUCAUCUGGGCCAGGCUCCCAUGAUGCACUGCUGCAGAGGGCACAGGCCGCUGAAGAGAGAGCCCGUAGCUCAGAGGAGGCGUUGGCCAGAGCCAUGGAUGACCUACACAAACUUAAGUUGCUGGCUCAGGGUUUGGUACUGAAUGCAGAAACGGGCAGAUCUGGUAACCUGGGCACUGUGGCUGAGCUCCGAGAGGACGAGGACGAGGCUUACUUCAGCUCCUACGGCCAUUAUGGCAUCCAUGAGGAGAUGCUGAAGGAUAAAGUUCGCACAGAGAGUUACCGCGACUUCAUGUACCGCAACCCUCAAGUGUUCAGAGACAAGGUGGUGCUCGAUGUGGGCUGUGGGACUGGCAUACUGUCCAUGUUCGCUGCCAGAUCUGGGGCCAAGAAGGUCAUAGCAGUCGACCAAUCAGAAAUCAUCUAUCAGGCUAUGGACAUUGUCAGGUCUAACCAGCUGGAGGACAAGAUCACUCUAAUCAAAGGCCGAAUAGAAGACAUCAGCCUCCCUGUGGAGAAGGUGGACAUCAUCAUCUCAGAAUGGAUGGGUUACUUCUUGCUGUUUGAGUCAAUGUUGGACUCCGUCCUGUAUGCCAGAGAACACUACCUGGCUGACACUGGUUCAGUCUAUCCAGACCUUUGUAACAUUAGCCUGGCAGCCGUUGGAGACACAGAGAAGCACCAAGACCGCAUCGCAUUCUGGGAUGAUGUUUAUGGCUUCAACAUGGCGUGCAUGAAGAAGGCGGUGGUGCCUGAGGCUGUGGUGGAAGUGGUGAAAGCAGACACCCUCAUCUCUGAACCUACAGUCAUACAGACAAUUGACUGUAACAUAGUGUGUCUGUCUGAGUUGGAGUUUGCAUCAGACUUCUGCUUGAAGAUAACAAACACCACCGAGUGCACGGCAAUUGUCGGCUACUUUGACAUUUUCUUUGACAAAGGCUGCAGCAACAAGGUGAUGUUCUCCACGGGUCCUCAGGUCACAAAAACACACUGGAAACAGACUGUUUUCCUUCUGGAGAGGCCUGUCUCUGUCCUAGCAGGUGAGGAGCUCCAGGGAAAGAUCACAGUAUGCAAAAAUAAGAAGGACCCUCGCUCACUGUUGGUCACCUUUGACCUCCGAGACAGGAAGCAGACUUACAGCUUGCAAUAGUGUCAGCACAUGGUAAAACAUCCAGCCCGUGUUUUUAUUCUCAACUUGCUGACACAGGAUAGAAUUAAAGGCUUCAUUUUGAUAUUUCAAAUGUUAGAAUUGUUUCUGUGCCUUCUAAUAAAAACCAUGAUGUUAUACAAGA